AUUUGGUCCAUUUCUCAUUCCACAUUCUCAACUUUCAUUGAAGUACAUUCGUAGCAUAUACAUAUAAAAAAGCAUCAUGUUCGCCAGUCGAUUCGCUAAACGUUCCACGGCUCUUGCUAGGGGUUUCGCCUCUUCCGCCAGAGCCGAAAGAAAGGUCGCCGUACUCGGUGCUGGUGGUGGUAUCGGUCAACCUAUGUCCUUGUUGCUCAAACAAGACCCCUUGGUCACUUCCCUGGCUCUGUACGAUGUACGAGGUGCGCCCGGUGUGGCUGCAGACAUCAGUCAUGUUAACACCAAAUCGGAGGUUAAAGGGUACGGUGCGGAUGACAUUGCCUCUGCUCUUAAAGGUGCGGAGCUGGUCAUCAUCCCUGCUGGUGUUCCAAGGAAGCCCGGUAUGACUCGUGAUGAUCUAUUCAACACCAACGCCUCCAUCGUCCGCACACUCGCAGAGGCAUGCGCCGAACAUUGCCCCAAAGCUAUGAUCGGUAUUAUUUCCAACCCUGUCAACUCUACCGUGCCCAUCUUCGCUGAGGUGUUCAAGAAGAAGGGUGUCUUUGACCCGAAGAGACUUUUCGGUGUCACCACUCUCGAUGUCGUACGUUCUUCCCGCUUUUUGGCCGAGAUCAAGGGUCUCGACCCCAAAGAUGUCAAGGUCACCGUUGUCGGUGGUCAUUCCGGCGUAACCAUCGUCCCUUUGCUUUCUCAAACACCGCAAGGCAAAGAUGUGAAGGGUGAAGAGUACAAAGCUUUAGUUCACCGGAUUCAGUUUGGUGGUGAUGAAGUCGUCAAAGCUAAGGACGGUGCCGGAUCUGCUACCCUUUCUAUGGGCUUUGCCGGCGCUCGGUUCGCAAACUCCCUUUUGAGAGCGAUGAACGGAGAAUCUGGUGUCGUCGAGCCAACCUUCGUCGAAUCCCCUCUAUACGCCUCUGAGGGUGUGGAUUGGUUUGCUUCCAACGUAGAGCUCGGACCGGAUGGUGUCAAGAACAUUCACCCUGUGGGCGCACUUAGUGCGGAGGAGGAGGAAUUGAUCAAGGCUUGUUUGCCCGACUUGAAGAAGAACAUCAGUAAGGGUGUAAGCUUUGUCAGUUCUUCGUAGAUAUCAGAGUGAGGAUGAAUAUCAUUGCUUUCAUGCUGCUUGCUCAUUCAGGAUUGGUGUCUGUCUGAACUAGUGCUGGACAGUCCUUGAAUGAUAUCAGUCAAUGUGGACCUUGUUCUCUCAAUCACCUGCAUCUCACUGUCAACAUGAAAUAUAUACAUGACC